AUGAGUCAAGGUACCGCCAUUCAUAUCCUUCCGUGUCCGAACAGUACACACGGUAUGAACUCUUGGUGCUGUAGUCCCAGCGGUGCCGAUUGUUGCGAUGACGCCUUUCAAAUGGAUAUGGGCACCUUACUUAUCCCCGCCUCGACUACUUCCUCGAAUUCUACCUCAACCGCUACCGCAACUACGACCGCGACUGUAACCGCGGGCACGACUAGGAUCAAGGAUAGUGGCACGGAAUCCAGGACAACUGCCGUCGGGGCUGCUGUGGGAGCUGCUUUGGGUGCGUGCCUCUUGGCGGCUCUCGGAACAAUUUUGUUUCAACGGCGGACAUACAAGAAGAAGCUGCAAGAGAUGCAACAGAUUCAAACUACUCCUGUUUAUUAUUGUGCGCACACUACUGCUGAGACUCCAAGUGAGUUGCCUUUGAAUCCCAAACCCGCCGUGUUUGAGUUAGGGGAGGAACGUCAACAGGAUCCAGCUGGCAGGAGUCCGUGA